AGUCAAGUCAGGACUCUGCCUUGUUCCUCGUGAAGAACGAUCUGCAGCAGUGAAGGCACUGGAACUCCAACCGGGACAAAAUGACUAAGUUUCUCCUCGCCGCCGUGGGCUUUCUGGUCCUCGCACACAUCGCUUCAUCCAACAAGUUGGUGUGUCAUAUGACCAACUGGGCCCAGUACAGACCCAGCGGUGGUAAAUUCACCCCGGACAACAUCGACCCGUUCCUCUGCACCCAUGUCAUCUACGCUCUGGCCACCAUCAACAACUUCAACCAGAUCACUAACAUUGAGUGGAACGAUCAGGAGCUGUACGCCAGCCUUAACGGCCUCAAGAAAUACAACCCUGCCCUGAAGACUCUGCUGUCUGUCGGAGGCACUGUAAAUGGAGUGAGCCCAUACAUUGCCAUGGUUGGCAAACCAGAGACCCGACAGGCCUUCAUUAAGUCAGCAAUCAGCUACCUGCGCGCCCAUGACUUUGACGGGCUGAAUCUGGACUGGGAGUAUCCUGGACACAACGGCAGCCCACCGGAGGACAAGGAGCGCUUCACUCUGCUGGUCUCGGAGCUGGCAAUAGCGUUCCAGGAUGACGCCACAGACAACAGGAAGACAAGGCUGCUACUUUCAUCCAAUGUGGCCGGCUUCGUUUCAAACAUUGACAACGCAUACGACGUCAGCAAGAUCGCAGCCCACAUGGACUUCAUGAACAUCAUGAACUACGAUUUCCAUGGAUACUGGGAGCCAGUGACUGGACACCACAGCCCACUGUACCGCAGCUCUGUUGACAUCGGAUCACAAUUUCACUUCAACAUUAACUCUUCAGUGUCUCACUGGAUAUCUCUGGGGGCACCAGCAGAGAAGCUGCUCCUGGGUUUCCCAACAUACGGCCGGACCUACCGUCUCAGCACAUCGGCGAACGGCCUUGGAGCUCCAUCCAACGGCCCCGCAGACGCUGGACCCUACACCCGUACUGCCGGCUUCUGGGCCUACUACGAGAUUUGUGACUUCAUCAACGGUGCAGAAGUUUCCUGGAUCUCUGAGCAGCAAGUUCCUUAUGCCACCUACAGCAGUGCUUGGGUGGGCUAUGAUGACAAACGCAGCAUUUCUUCCAAGGUCCAGUUUAUGACUUCAGCGUCUUUGGGCGGUGCUCAUGUGUGGACUCUGGACAUGGAUGACUUUAGCGGAUCGUUCUGUUCAGAUGGACAAUACCCCCUCGUCAACCACCUCAGAAUGUCAAUGGGUUUCGCUCCAAAACCAACCACCACACCGCGACCCACAACCACCAGGGAUCCCAUUGCCGAUUUUUGCGCCGGUCGUCCUGAUGGGUUGUACGAGAAUGCAGCUGAUAAGACCACCUACUUCCAGUGCUUCCAGGGAAUCACUUACCUCCACCACUGUCAGCCUGGUCUCGUCUACUGGGAUUCCUGCAAGUGCUGCAACUGGCCUUAAGCCAGAAAAGCAUCCUCUAGAAAUUAUAACAUUUCAUUGAACAUUCACACUGUAUGUUAGAGAAAUCUGUCCAAAGUGUCCAUUACUGCUUAACCUCCAGAGUGCUGCUCAGGAGCACAAAAUAAAUCAGUGAUA